AUGUCCGUCUUCUUCAAGGACAUUUCCACAGAUAACCCUGUGCAAAAGGGAGACGUUGAAAAACUCCUCGAGCCACUUGGUCUUUCAAUCAAACCGGAAGAGUCGGCAGACUACCAAAGGCUCCUUGCCGCAGUCCAUGAUUGCGCAACCCGUAUCGAUGAGUUACCUGAUUACCAGCCGAUUCCAAACACGGAACGAUAUCCCCGCGAAGAAAUACGUCUUCCUACAUCAGGGGAGCAAGAUUUUGGUCAUGCAUGGGCCUAUCGAUUCCUGAUCAGGGGCAACUCUCAUACGGACUCUUCUUUGGUGCCUUUGAAAGGUAGAACUGUAUGCUUGAAAGACUGUAUUGCCGUUGCAAGCGUACCGCAGUUCUUCGGAAGCGAUGCAUUUCCCCCGUGGACACCUUCCACAGACGCAACGGUAGUGACACGAGUCCUGGACGCUGGGGCUGAUAUCCUGGGCACGGCGACGUGUGAACAUUUCUGCAACUCGACUGCAUCUUUCACUAGCGCCCAGGGAACCAUCGAAAACCCGCAUGGGCAAGGAUAUUCUGCUGGUGGCAGCACAUCUGGCGGUGCGGCUCUGGUAGGCUCAGGAAAGAUUGACAUCGCCCUCGGAACAGACCAAGGGGGUAGUAUCAGGGUUCCUGCAGCAUUUUGUGGUUGCGUUGGGUUGAAGCCGACCCAUGGACUAGUGCCGUUCACAGGUAUCACAAGCGGCGAUCCAAUCGACGACCACGCCGGUCCCUUGUGCCGGACAGUCAUGGAAGUUGCACAAUGCCUGGAUACUAUUUCGGGAUAUGACGGUAUUGACGACAAGUCUUUGGGAGCUGCCGCUCACGGCUGCUACGACUUUUGCGCUUCUCUUCAAUCAUCCUCUGGCCGUUUACAAGGGGUGAAGAUUGGUCUCCUGAAGGAAGGCUUCAACCAGGAAAUCAUUGAGCCCAGAGUGAGAGACCACGUCAUCGCAGCUGCUCGAAAGCUAGAGUCAUUGGGAGCGACCAUUGAUGAGGUGUCUGUUCCUCUCCACCUAGAGGGGCCUUCAAUAUGGACAAUUCAGCAACGUAUCGCUGGCUCUUCUGGUAUCUUGGGAAGGACUUCUGGACGAAGAGGCCUGGGUCUUACCGAGUUCGAUAAGGCUCGGUUGCCCUGGUCUAACUCGAGCUUCCAGAAACUCUUCCCUUCAACCAAGAACACCGUCAUCAACGGCUUAUAUCUUUCUGAAAAGUUUCCCAGCCUGUAUAGUAAGACUGUCAACAUCGGUCGACAGAUCAGGGAUGCCUAUGAAAAGGUAUUCGAAACGUACGAUGUAAUCAUCAUGCCAACAACACCCUUUGUUGCACCACGACAUGGAUCCCGCGAGUCGGUUCUGGGUUCUUUUGAGCCCACAAUUGGCCUGACAACAAAUACUGCCGUCUUCAAUGUCACGGGACAUCCUGCUAUGUCUAUACCUGUUGGCUUUCUUCCUGCAAAAGACGAUGGGCAAGUUUUAAUGCCUGUGGGUAUGCAGGUGAUUGGUGGACUAUGGCAAGACAAGAAAGUGCUCAAUGUUGGGUUUGCCUGGGAAACCAACUUUGACUGGAAAAGUAUCAAUGGUCACGGGAAUAUAGCUCAACCCCUCCCAGAAUCUCUGAACACUGGAACACACCCGAAAGUUGAUGGAAGGCCAAUGCCUGAGGUAAAUGGUACAACAUCACCAAGCCUCAAGCGAGUGAAGGUUUCUGUUUAG